AAGAUAGAAGGUAGGGUAAUCACCGCACCACACUACACUACACUACACUACACUACACCAAACCAAAACCAAAAGCUGCAACAUAACUCAAAAGCAAAAACCAACAACACCACAACUCACAUUCUCUCAUUCAAAUUUUUUUUAACAACGAUGAUAGAAGAACAACGGCAUGGACCUCCACACGGCAUUCUCUUAGCCGUAGUUGUAGUUGCAGUCCUCUUAAUCCCAACAAUCCUCGGUGAAAAUGGCGAAGCAAUAACUGAUUUCAUCUCCGAUCUUCUUACCCCAAUAGGUCUUCUCUUACUCCCUAUUAUCCUCCUACUCACUAUCCAAUUCCUCUCCUCCGACACCGGCUCAUUCAUCAACACCAUUUUCUCCACCGGUGAACCUAACUCCAUUCACCGUGUAAGUGGGUCCCCUGUUGGCGUUGCUCUUUUUCUCGCACUCACAUUGUUCCUUCUCUAUAACCGCUUUUCUAUCUUCGGUGGCGAAGAUGAAUCCGGCGACUGAAAUUAAACACUACUUUGGCUAGAUCUAUUAUUGUACUUGUUUAUAUUUUGGAGUGUAUGUGUAAAUAGUGAAGCCUACCGGCGGCUCUCUAGUAUUGUACGGACGUAGAAUCGGAUAUGUUUCCAUUCCAAACAAGUUAUUUGUAGUCAGUUGCAUGAAUCGUAUGUAUUUAUUUAAUUUAAUUUGUAUUUUAUUUUAUUAGUUUAGAGAUGUUUUGUUCCAA